AUGGCUGAUGACAACGUCUCAUUCACUGACGCAGGAGAUCCAUCCCCAGCACCGGGAGGAGCCAAUGGUGGAUCAUCAGCAAUGCUUGAUUUGCUCGGAACUUUGAAUAAAAAAGAUGAAGAAAAGAAGAAGAAAGGAAAAAAGGGAAAGAAGGAGAAGAAAUCCAAGGGAAAGGCAAAAACAAAGAAAGUGAGGAAAGCCGAUAAAUUCGAGUCACAGAACUUUUUGUACCGUAUCGAAGGAACCAUCUUUUGUGCCGGAAUCAUCGUCGGUAUCGUGGUUCUCCUUGCUUUCAUCAUCGGAGCUAUCGUCUUCAGCGUGGCCACCAAUGGAAAUUUGGUCAGCUACAUGCAACCACUAUGGGGUGCUACUGACGAAAACAGUGGAGGCGACAACUAG